UUGACUAAAAAUCGUCCGCGCUAUUUGUGUGCUGUUUCGACUCAUAUCUUGAACGCCACACAGGUUUGAAGUAGAUGAAUUUAACAAACACUGUACAUACUACAAUGUGUAUCAAAGAAAGGUGAUUUGUUUUCCGACAGCCCCUGAACCCAGCAUUAGCCCGGUACCGCGGCGAGGGCGCUAGCCUUAGCUCUCCGGCAUAUGGAUGGGUUUGUUAUGGGCCUCCAGUAAACGUUGGUCUGGGAUGUGUUUGCCAACGUUGGGGCAGUUAGUAAUGAGUCUUAAAUCAGCCCGUUGUGUCAGUUCUCCCAGAGGUUUCAUAGCGGACGUAGUUUAGCAUCACCUCCCCAACCUUAGCCUUACUUAGCUGGCUAGUUGCUAGCAACUUGAGUUAGCACAGGCAUAUUGUCCCUAAAUGGGUAGGGAAUUAAGAAAAAAAAGAAACUGCAAGAAAGUAUACAACGUGUGCGAUCGUUUGGAGUAACACAUUUUAAAAUGGAUCUCAAUUUUUACUCUGACCUGUCGGAUGGCUGUGCCCAAAAUGUUGAUUCGGAGUUUUUGGACACCCAAGCGUACGGUGGCUACUCAGAGGAAAAUAAGUUUUCAGAGGGCAGCGACAGUUAUCUCACCAUCAGCGGAGCGGGCCACCCUUUUUUGUCCGCAGAGACAUUUCAUACCCCCAGUCUCGGCGAUGAGGUGUUCGAGAUCCCCCCUAUCUCCCUCGACCCAGACCCAGCUCUGAGCAUCACUGAUGCCGUGUCCCACUUCGAGUUGACGGAUGGGUCAGACACUGGGGGACCUGCGGGGUCACGUAGCCUUGUCAGCAACCUGGUGGUCGAGGCCAACGACCCUUCCUUUGCUUCAACAUUUGUGAACUCUGGUUCUCAAGGCCUGGAGCAGCUGAACCUUGGGACAAUGGGCCAGACUGGAGGGGGAGCUCUACUGAGCUCUUCUGCCCUGGAACUUGGAAACUCUACUGGUUCACAUUUUAGCAGCUCAUCCCCCAUGACCAUUGAUGUUCAGCUCGGUGACAUUGGUCAUGGUCUUCUAGGAAGCAGCCAGCUUGCUACUAUCAACCAGUCGGAGCUGGCGCUGGGGCUUGGAGGUGAGAACCUUGGGCACCACUCAGAGACACAUGAGCAGCCGCUGUCAGCGACGCCCUCACCAGCUGGAUCGUUACAGGAUGAGGACAUGGAUGACUUCAAGAGGAGUGUGCUGGUGGACUCCCCCCUAUCUCUCUCCUCUUCCUCCGUCCUCUCCCAUAUCUCUUCACACCACGCUUCCCCAUCGUCUGUCUCCCCGGCUAUGGGAAGGCGGGGUGGGGGGAAGCCCGUUGCACUCGCGUCAGUGAGUGCGGUGAUGGGCGCAAAGAAAGGAAGGAAGAAGAAAGACCCCAAUGAGCCGCAGAAGCCAGUUUCAGCGUACGCGUUGUUCUUCAGAGACACCCAGGCAGCCAUUAAAGGCCAGAACCCCAACGCCUCCUUCGGGGAGGUGUCAAAGAUUGUGGCCUCCAUGUGGGACAGCCUGGCCGAGGAACAGAAACAGGUGUAUAAGAAAAAGACAGAAGCAGCCAAGAAGGAGUAUUUGAAAGCGCUUGCAGCUUACAGAGCCAACCAGCUCUCACAGUCUGCCACUGAGGAGAUGGAGACUGCCCCUUCACCACCCCCACCUGUGGUUAGCGUGACUCCUGUAGCACUUCCCUCCAUUGGUCAUCAGACUAUCCGCCCAGUUAACAGCAACAUGGAAGAGAACACCAUCACCAACAUUUGUGCCUCCAACAUCAUCCUGGACGUCCCAGAGAUGACCACGCGCUCGCGCACGGGGGCCAACAAAGUUUCUACGCCAGCAGCUGCAGUAAACCCAGCCCAGACCAUCACCAAGAUCAUAAUCCCAAAGGGCAUGUUGCAGGGAGGCGGGCAGGUAGUGACUGUGUUGCCCGGAGGUGUCCACGCCUUGCAGCCCACCCUUGUCGUCUCGGGCGCCUCCCGGCAGCCGCCUCCACUGCAGCAGAUGCAGAACGCGCCGCCUCCUCCGCGACUCCAGCAGAUGGCACCAGCACCCCCACCAUUACAGGCCAAACCCAGGGAAGGAAGCACCGUGCAAGGGCUCCCUGUGUCCGUCACAGCCACACCUCCACCUCCACUCCAGAUAAAAAUAGUCCCGGCCUCCAUUCAGGGCAAAGAAGCCCUUCCUAUUAUUGUCCCUAAUACAGCGGCUGCAUCUUCAACUGCGACCACAUCUGCCCAGUCUGUGCCAAUUUUGUCAGUGCAAGUAGUGAAUUCUGCUGAGACGCCCAGCAAUCCAGACGGAGAUUAUGUUACAGAAGUGCUGCAUUCAGAAGAGGAUGAGAUGGAGGUGAAUGGGUCCAGUGACGGUGCUGCUAUUAAGAGUAUGUGUUUGAGGACUGGCUGCAACAACCCAGCGGUGGAAAGUGACGACUGGGACAAAGAAUACUGCAGUAACGAAUGUGUGGCCAAUCACUGCAGAGACAUAUUUAAGGCGUGGUGCUCCAUCAGGAAUCAGACCAUGGGAACAGUGAAGUAAAGAACAAGUGUCACCAUAAACAAGAACCUCACGGUUAUGACUGUAACCGCAGUUCUCUGAAUAGCAAGCGUGAGUGGAAGCAGAGGAACGAUGUAUAGACAUGGUACAAAUACUUUUCAGAGCAGAUAGUUGUUGUAAUUGUUUUCUACAUCGACAAAAAGAAAACUCUUACUUGCUAGUUUUGUUGGACUUGACACUCCAGGAUAAUUAUGAAGUGUUUGAAUACGUAUACAACUUUUAGUCGGCAUCAAGGGACUUAAAGGCAGCUAGAGCAGUAUGAAAGCUAUUUAAGACCAUGUUAUCCUGAGAUUUUUGUCCUAAAGCCCACAUUGGUCAGUUUAUAGCAGUUUACUGUAAAAUAGUUGGAAAAGACUAAAACAGGACAAAAAUGAACGUUUCCACAUUUUUUGUUUUUACAACCGAUUGUUCAGUGUUCACAGUCUGAUUUUGUAGAUCAAGGAUAUUUCUCAGUGUUUAAUGUUUCUUGUUUGAAGCAAGCACACCUACCAUAGUCCCAGUUGUUUAGCAGGAAAUGCUUUAGUUGAGUGGACAAAACUGUUUGUAUGACUGAUGUUUUUGUACUGAGUAUAGAGGCCUUGCAGGCUGAAUACCGCCUUCAUUUUUGUAACAUUCAGUUCAGAUCAGUGGGUUGUUCAAGAACGCCUGACCUUUGUGUUUUCUUAAUAAAUGAGUAAAAUUUCUUAA